GAGAAUAUCGAUGACUGCGCACGUCGGAAUAAUGAUGGGGAUGCGUAAGCUUCGUCCAUGCCUCCUGGGUGUCACUCACUUCUCAAUUGGGCCAAAAAGGAAAUUUAUCAAUGCCUCACUGGCCGGUAACACUGCUGUUCAGCCUCCGGGUUAUCAACUUUUGCAAUGGAGGACUGCUAUGUUUUGCAUACGUACUCGUCGUCGUCGAAGCCGUGACCGGAGCCGUAUUUUAUCCGAUUUUCUUUUUCUGUUCUAUAUAUUGGCCAUGUCGAUCGAUGUCGAACUGUAUAAAACAAUAUCAGAACAUGGUUAAAGUCCUCGUCUUUGGAGCUACUGGCGCUAUUGGAAAGGAAGUCGCUCGUGCAUUCUCCCGAAAUGGCCACACUGUCUAUGGCUUGACUCGAAGUGCCAAAAAGGCACACGAACUUGAGCGUGAAGAAAUCAAUGGAGUUGUUGGAGAUGUUUCAGAUCCGUCCACAUGGAAACAUCUGAUCAAGAACGUGUCUGUCAUUAUUGACACCUCCUUCGAUUACACAAAUCCCGCCGAAAAAGCCUCCAAGCUUAUCCAAGAAGUCGCUGAAGCAGUCAAGGAGUACCCAGAAAGACGAUUUACCUACAUUUACACCUCUGGUACAUGGGUCUAUGGUAAUGACGCUGGUGUUACCGUUACCGAGUCUGAUGCUGUCAAUCCCAUCCCCAUAGUGGCAUGGAGACCAGCUCUGGAGCAGCUUGUGAUCCAAAGCCAGGACUUUGAUGGUGUGGUUAUCCGUCCUGGUAUGGUCAUUGGCAAGUCUGGCUCCAUUUUUGGCAUGUUGUUCAGUGCUGUUCAAAAGGGCCAUAUCACUCUUUAUAACGAUGAGAAUACACGUAUGGCUUCUGUUCAUACAGAGGAUCUUGCUGAAAUGUACGUUGCCGCCGCGGAGAAGAUCUACGCGGCCAAAGGACAAAUCUUCAAUGUUGUGAACAGCCAAACUGAAAACACCACCGAUAUCGUCAAGGCCAUUAUCCGUUUGGUCAACCCAGAGUCUACUAUUACAUACGAAAAGCCGACCGACCCGUUCCAAACCGCACUCGGAUUGUACAGCCCUAUUUUUGAUAUCAGCAAAGCUGUGAACCUUCUGGGUUUCCAACAGAGGCACAGUGGUGCAGUGGAUGGUGUUGAAAGGUACUACAAAAGCUGGAAGGCUACAGCCACUGAGUGGGAAGAUUGCAAGAACUGAAAAAUAGCAAGAACUGUAGCAAGAACUGAGGCAAC